AUGUUCUUUGGUUGCUCAGUUGGUGUUGUUGGUUCUUUAGCAGCUGUUGUGGGUCGUUCGGCGGGUGUUGUAGUUUAUUCAGCAGCUGUUUUUGGUUGUUCAGCUGGUGUUAUUGGUUGUUCUGCUUCUGUUGUCGGUUGUUCUGAUGGUGUUGUUGGCUGUUUAAUUGGUACUAUUUGUUGUUCAGUUGAUGUUAUUGGUUGCUCAGUUGGUGCUGUUGGUUGUUUAGCAGAUGUUGUUGGUUGUUCAGCUCGUAUACUUGAUUGUCCAGUAAGGGCUGUCGGUUAUUCAACUGGUGCUGCUGGUUGUUCAGCAGCCAUUGUUAAUUGUUCGGCUGAAGUUGUUGGUUGUUUAGCUUCUGUUGUCGGUUGUUCAGCUGGUGUUGUUGGGUAUGCAGCAUCUGUUGUUGGUUGUUCAGCUGGUGGUGCUUGUUGUUCAGCUGGUAUUGUUUAUUCAGUCGGCAUUGUCAGAUGUUCAGCUGGUAUUGUCGGUUCUUCAACUGAUGUUGUUUGUCGUUCAGCUAGUGUUGUUGAUUGUUGCCGCUUGUUCAGCUGGUGUUCAAUUGUUGUUUGUUGUUCUGCUGGAGUGGUUGGUUGUUCACCUGCUGUUGUUGGCUGUUCAGAUAGUGUUGCUGGUUGUUCUGCUUGGGUUGUCAGUUGUUCAUCUGGUGUCGCUGGUUGUUCAGCUGGUAUUGAUGUUUAUUCAGCUAGUGUUGCUGUUUGUUCAGGUGGUGUUCUUGGUUGUUCAACUCCUGAUUUUGUUUGUUCACAUGCGGUUGUUGAUAGUUCAGCUGGUAUUGUUAGUUGCUCAGCUGUUGUUCUUGCUUGUUCAGAUAAUGUUGUCAGCUGUUCCGCUGGUGUUGUUGGCUGUUCAGUUGGCGUUGUUUGUUUGGCUACUGUUCUUGACUGUUGA